CUCCCAAAGUCCCAUAAGACUAUGACCAGAGUAGCACUCUCUCCAUAUAUAGAAGCAAAGAAGCUCAAGAACAAAAAAGAAAAACCAAAGUAGCAUAAACAGCGAAAAAACAGAGCCCUCUUCUUUCCUAGCCAGAAAAUAAUGGAUUCUUCAGCAACUCUUACCAGCCAUGCCCGACUCGUUUCCAAAGAAAGUGACAUCAUAUUUCCGGCCUCAAUAUACCCCUCUUCUCGCCGGACCCCGUCAUUUUCCUCCUCCUCAUCACUUUCGCCAUCUUCUUCUUCCUUUGAUUCUUCUUAUUUCCCGGACGAUUCCCCACUUAACCCUUCCAUCCCACUUAGAUAUUCCGGUGUCCCAUUUUCUUGGGAACAACUUCCCGGAAUACCCAAGAAACAAGUCCUCAAGAAGAAGGAGCCCUUGUCAAAGCUUAAUUUGCCAUUGCCACCACCCACCACUUCGACCUCGAAGAAAUUCAACUCGGAAGAAUACUCUGGGGAACGGAAGAAGAAUUCUAGGCAGAGUACUCUACAAAGGGAUCCAUUUUUUGCCGCAUUGGUUGAGUGCUCCAAGGAUGAUGAUCAUGAAGAAUUAUCAAAUGGUUGUAUUUGGAAUCAAGCCAAGGUGUCGAGGAGUUUGAGCGAUCGCUUUGGGUUUAUCAAUCUUUAUGCUUCUUGCAAGAGAACUAGCGCAAUCUCAGAGUCAAUAGUCUAUCUUCCAAGGUCAAGCAGACACUCUUUCGAUCUGAUUUAUCACCGUUCUCGCUGAAUUACUACUUGUUAUCUUAAUUUCCAGUCAUCCUCUGCGGGGUUUGUGCUAUUGAUUUUACCAAAAACUUGAAAAAAAAAAAAAAAAGUACCGAUCUUUUCAUUACCCGUUCAUGUUUAUGUUUUUGUCUUUGUGAGGGAGAAGUGGACAACUAUGUCCCAAAAAUCUACCAGUUAUUGUAAAAUGUUAAUAUAUAACUAGCUAGCUGGAAGCAUGCAGUGUUUGCC